AUGAGCUCCAGAGGUCACAGCACGCUCCCCCGGACUCUCAUGGCCCCCCGGAUGAUUUCCGAGGGAGACCUAGGAGGCAUCGCGCAGAUCACCUCCUCGCUCUUCCUGGGCAGAGGCAGCGUAGCCUCCAACCGGCACCUCCUCCAGGCGCGCGGCAUCACCUGCAUUGUGAACGCUACCAUCGAGAUCCCCAAUUUCAACUGGCCCCAGUUUGAAUACGUUAAAGUGCCUCUGGCUGACAUGCCUCACGCCCCCAUCGGACUGUACUUUGACAGCGUGGCCGACAAGAUCCACAGCGUGAGCCGGAAACACGGGGCCACCCUCGUGCACUGUGCUGCGGGCGUCAGCCGCUCGGCCACGCUCUGCAUCGCGUACCUGAUGAAGUUUCACAACGUGUGCCUGCUGGAGGCCUACAGCUGGGUCAAAGCCCGGAGGCCCGUCAUCAGGCCCAACGUCGGCUUCUGGAGGCAGCUGAUAGACUACGAGCGCCAGCUCUUUGGAAAGUCGACAGUUAAAAUGGUACAGACACCUUACGGCAUCGUGCCAGACGUUUACGAGAAGGAGUCCCGACACCUGAUGCCUUACUGGGGGAUCUGA